CCCCACUGAGGCCUCCAGCAGCGCCGAGAGAGGCUCGCACACACAGUGCCACCAAAAUGGUGACAUUUGUCAAUAUUUGCCCACUUUGGGCUCUCUGAAGGAGGGGCCGUGCCAGGCAGCCCAUGGGGCUAUAAAAGGUGUGACUGGAGGCACCCUGGGCUCACCCGGACACCGGAGCUGCCACCCCCAGCCAUGAAGCUCUUCCUGUUGCUCCUCUGCUUGGCAGGGCUGGCGCUUGCUGCCUGCAACGUGGUCCAGUUCGGUUCAAUGAUCAAGCACAAGACAGGGAAAUCGCCGCUGUCCUACAACGGCUACGGCUGCUACUGCGGCCUGGGGGGAUCCAGGCAGCCGCUGGAUGCCACCGACAGGUGCUGCCAUGCCCACGACUGCUGCUACAAGAAGCUGGCCUCCUCUCGCUGCAGCCCCAAACUGGUCACGUACAAGUACUCCAUCCAGGGAAGCAGGAUAACGUGCGGUGAGAGGCGGCGCGGGGCCAAGCACGCACCUCUCCUCCGAGAUGUCCUCAGGCCAUUAUCAAGGCCUGGAAACCAGCUGGGGAGAGGGUGGAAAGGAGGGAAAAAUGCCAGGAAUAGGGCAAAUUACUGUUGCCUGGGAAUAUGGUGAGGGUUAGAGCUCAGGGACCUCCCAAAGGAGGGGCUUGCCCUUCUGUAAGGGCCAAUACUGAAGGUUUGAGGCAACCCUCCCAUCUCAGAUGGGGACCUGGCCCUGCUGCCUCCCUUUCCCCAACGCAAACAUUGUCCUUUCAUGGUGAGUGCCUAAAAACAAAGCACUUCCCUGUAAUCUAAGCAAGUAUCUGUACAUACAUAGAUAGAUAAAGUCAC